CCAAACAGUUCGCCCUCUCCGUCCAACAUCCCAAUCAACCCUUGACCAGCCCAAGGCGUUGCACUAAGCCGAGGCGCACUUAUCUCAGACCUAACUCGUAGAAUUUGAUUCCACAGCUCGUUAACUUCAACAAUCCGACCGACCCUUCGAACCGGCAUCAUCCAUACGAUUAUCACAAUGCCCGGUCUCGUUUCAGCAACCGGAGUCUUGGCCUUCCUAGCCGACGAGGAGCCGGAGCUCAAGGUUUUCGCCCUCAAGACACUGAAUGAUGAUAUCGAUACAGUUUGGACCGAGGUCGCGGGCGCGUUGCCCCAGAUUGAGGCUUUGUACGAAGACGAGAGCUUCCCGGAGCGGCAGCUCGCUGCUCUUGUCCUCGCCAAGGUCUACUUCCAUCUACAGGCGUACAAUGACAGUAUGACCUUUGCCCUUGCGGCCGGGCCCCUCUUCAACCUCGGCGCCCCUGGCGAGUUCGAGGAAACCAUCAUCUCGAAAUGCGUCGACCAGUACAUCGCCGUCUCGGCGGCCCGCCAUACGCCUGCGAAGCAGUCCAAGAACGACAUUGCGUUGCCUGCUCUGGCUACCAACUUUGGCAGCGGCUCGCUCGACGGGUCUGCUCUUCUCUCGCCCACCACCCCUUUCUCUCAGUCGACUCUGCCUUCCAAGUCUCUGCUCUCGCGGGCCUCGGUCGACAACACCAUUCUUGAUCCCACAUUUCAGCCGACCAAGGAAGGGCGUUCUGCGUCUGUUGCCCAGAUCACUGACGACAGCACGUGGUCGGCUCUGGAGAGUGCCAUUGAGCGCUUGUUCGAGAGCUGUCUGAAGGAAGGCCGGUACCGGCAAGUGGUCGGCAUCGCUGUGGAAGCCAAGAACCUGCAUGUGAUCCGCAGAGUGAUUAAGCGCGCUAGCGAGGAAGGCAAGCGCUCCCAGACCAAGGCUCCGGAAGGUAUCCAGGGCCCGGCGGAAGAGUUGAUGGACUACGCCCUCGGCAUAUGCAUGGACGUUGUGCAAGAACGUAGCCUGCGGACCGAGAUUUUGCGCCUAAUCCUGGAUCUGCUCAACGACAUACCAAACCCCGAUUAUUUUGCCAUCGCCAAGUGUGUCGUUUAUCUAGACUCGGACGAAGAGGCUUCCGCGCUACUUCGGCAGCUCGUCGCCAAGGGAGACAACAAUGCGGUCGCGACCGCGUAUCAGAUCGCGUUUGAUAUCUAUGACAAUGGUACCCAGGAAUUCCUGGCCAAGGUUAUCAAUUCUUUGCCUUCUGGCGAGCCGCCAAAGAAGCGUGAAGCGGAGCAGCCGACUGAAGGGGCCGCCGAGUCUGAGCCUCUUCUCCAGAACCAGGACAGCUCUGAAGAGACAACCGCGGAAGAGGCCCUCCCGGAGGAGGUGGCAAAGGUCUACCGCAACAUCCGAUCGAUCCUCGACGGAAGCAUGACAAUCAAGCUGAACCUAGAGUUCCUCUAUCGCAACAACCACACGGACCUCAGCAUCCUCAACAAGGUCCGGGAUAGCUUAGAGCCGCGCAACUCCAUCUUCCACACAGCGGUCACGUUCUGCAACGGCUUUAUGAAUGCCGGGACGACACACGAUAAGUUUUUCAGGGACAACCUGGAGUGGUUGGGCAAGGCGGUCAACUGGUCGAAGUUCACAGCGACCGCUGCGCUGGGUGUGAUGCACCGCGGCAACCUCAGCCAGUCUCGCAAGCUCCUCGAGCCUUACCUUCCCAAGCAAGGAGGCGUUUCCAGCGGCUCCAUUUUCAGUCAGGGUGGCGCGCUCUACGCAUACGGCCUGAUCCACGCUAACCACGGUGCUGAGGCUUUGGAGUAUCUCCGUACUAUGUUUAAUGCCGCGGAUGAAGAAGUCAUCCAGCACGGUGGCGCCCUGGGCCUGGGCAUUGCUGGCAUGGCUUGCGGCAGUGAGCAGAUCUACGAGGAGCUUAUUAAGGUCCUGUGCGCAGACUCUGCCCUGAAUGGCGAGGCCGUCGGCUUGUCGAUUGGCCUGAUCAUGCUCGGAACCGGGAACGCCAAAGCGCUUGAGUCAUUGUUCUCGUACGCUCAUGAGACAAGCCACGAAAAGAUUGUGCGUGGCUGCGCUCUCGGCAUGGCGCUAAUCAUGUACGGCCGGCAGGAAGGCGCCGAUAGCAUGAUUGAGGGCCUGCUCAAUGACCCUGACCCGACGCUGCGGUAUGGCGGUAUCCUCACCGUGGCAUUGGCGUACUGCGGAACCGGAAGCAAUAAGGCCAUCCGGAAGCUUCUCCAUACCGCUGUGAGCGAUGUGAGCGACGAUGUCCGCCGCAUUGCCGUCAUGAGUCUUGGCUUCAUCCUCUUCAGAAAGCCGGGCAGCGUUCCUCGCAUGGUUGAGCUGCUCUCCGAGUCGUACAACCCCCAUGUGCGGUAUGGCUCUGCCAUGGCCCUGGGGAUCGCGUGUGCCGGAACCGGAUUGGACGAGGCCAUCGACUUGUUGGAGCCCAUGAUGAAGGAUCCGACCGACUUUGUCCGCCAGGGUGCGCUCAUUGCGUUGUCGAUGAUUAUGAUCCAACAGAACGAAGCCAUGAACCCUAAGGUCACCACGAUCCGGAAGACACUGAAGAAGGUUGUGGGCGACCGUCACGAGGACGCCAUGACCAAAUUCGGCGCUGCGCUUGCGCUGGGCAUCCUUGAUGCUGGCGGUAGGAACUGCACCAUCGGCCUCCAAACUCAGACGGGCAACCUCAACAUGGCGGGCAUUGUCGGCAUGGCCGUUUUUACCCAGUACUGGUACUGGUUCCCGUUCACGCACUUCCUGUCUCUCAGUUUCGCUCCCACUUCCAUCAUCGGCCUCGACCACGACCUUGAAAUGCCCAGCAUCAAGUUCUACUGUGCCACGCGUCCCAGCCUCUUUGACUACCCGCCCGAGCAGGAGGUCAAGGUUGAGGAGGGACCAGCUCCCGUCACUACGGCCAUUUUGUCCACUACGGCCCAGGCCAAGCGCCGCGCGCAGAAGAAGGAGCGCGCACAGCGCCGCGAGAGCAUGGACGUUGACACACCUACCGUGGCCAAGACGAAUGCCCCGGCCGGCGACAAAAUGGAGGUGGACGAAGAGAACAAGCCCAAGGCGGAAGAGCCCAAGGAGAAGAAGGAGGGCGAGGCUGGCGCUGACAAGGAAGCACCGGCUAGCCCCGAUGGCAAGAAAAAGGCCGAGAAGGAAAAGGUUGGCUACGAGAUUGAGAACAUGUCUCGUGUUCUCCCUGGCCAGUUCAAGUACAUUAGCUUCCCCGCUGGACGCUAUAAGCCGGUCAAGAAGCCUACCGGCGGCCCUAUUCUCCUUCAUGACACGCAGCCUGGCGAGCCCAAGACUCUGAUCGAGGAGAAGCUCAAGAAGGUGACCACUGAGCGUGCACCUGUGGCCGGUGCUGCUACUGGGGCCACGCCUCGUAACACGGCGCAGUCGCUACUCUCGAACUGGUCCCAGGGAAGAGGGCUGCCUUCUGGCAGCAGCCUGCAGGAGCUUAAUGAGCUGUUCCAGCUGACAGCCCGUGGUGCGGAGGGACGUGCUGCUGAACUGGGCGGAGCUGGUGGCGGAGCGGCCGCGGCGGCUGGUGUGCUGACGGCUGUGGAUGAGGACAACGAGGGCGACGAGGAAGCGCCAACUCCGGCUGACUUCGAGUACUUUACAGAUGCUGAGGAUAACGAGGACUAGGGGCGCGAGGCGCUGUUCUAGUAUCUCGUGGGGCACUUGUUCAAGUCUGAGUCAGACUCCGAGUAAGGGAAGCGUCCUCCGCAGUUGGGGAUAAGGUGCAUGUACAAUAACCUGCUGUCAAUCUACGAGUUAGGAAGCCACAAAGUAUACUGCUGCUGAUGCGGUUGCUUGGGCCGCCGACCUUUCAUUUCAAUAUCAGAACCGAAGACUCCCA